AUGCAACUCUCUGCACGCUUUAUUGCGCUUAUACCUCUCGCCAUCCUUGCUGUGGCGUCACCCACGCCAGCGAGACUUUAUUCCAAGCGAGGGACCCUCGAGACCAAUCUCGUUGGAUAUGUUGACUACACCGGAGACGUUCCAGGUAGCGGUCCUGAAGCAAAGAAGCGCGAGGAGCUUGAGACCAACCUCGUGGGAUAUGUUGACUACGGAGGCAGCGGUAUCGGGAAGCGCGAGGAGCUUGAGACCAACCUCGUGGGAUAUGUUGACUACGGAGGCAGCGGUAUCGGGAAGCGCGAUGAGCUUGAGACUAACCUCGUGGGAUAUGUUGACUACGGAGGCAGUGGUAUCGAGAAGCGCGAGGAGCUUGAGACUAACCUCGUGGGAUAUGUUGACUACGGAGGCAGCGGAAUCGAGAAGCGCGAGCCCGAGUCAGAAUACGCCAAGAGGGGGGAGGGGGACGACGGUGAUUACGCAGUUGCUGCCUAG